AAAGGAAUCAGUCAAGCACUUACACUAUAAGUAGUAAAUUGUACUGAAAAUGCCACCAAAGAAGAAGGGAGCUCAAGAAAAGCCUAUUUUAUUAGGUAGACCAGGUAAUAACUUAAAAUCUGGUAUUGUUGGUUUAGCCAAUGUUGGUAAAUCAACAUUUUUCCAAGCCAUUACUAGAUGUCCAUUAGGUAAUCCAGCUAAUUAUCCAUUCGCAACCAUUGAACCAGAAGAAGCAAGAGUUAUUGUUCCAUCUCCAAGAUUUGAUAAAUUAUGUGAAUUAUAUAAACCUAAAAGUGAAGUUCCAGCUUAUAUGACUAUUUAUGAUAUUGCUGGUUUAACUAAAGGUGCUCAUAAGGGUGAAGGUUUAGGUAAUAAUUUCUUAGCAAACAUUAGAGCUGUUGAUGCAAUUUUUCAAGUUGUUCGUUCUUUUGAUGAUGCUGAUAUUAUUCAUAUUAAUGAUGAAGUUAAUCCAGUUGCUGAUUUAGAUAUUAUUCAUGAAGAAUUAAGAUUAAAAGAUAUCGAAUUCGCUGAAAAAUAUUUAGAAGGUAUUGAAAAAAUCACUAGAAGAGGUGGUCAAUCUUUAGAAGUUAAACAAAAGAAGGAAGAAGCUGAAUUAGUUAAAAAAAUCAUUCAAUUAUUAAAAGAUGGUCAUAGAAUUGCCAAUCAAACUUGGACUAUGAAAGAAGUCGAUGCUAUUAAUCAAAUGUUCCUUUUAACUGCCAAGCCAUGUAUUUAUUUAAUUAACUUGAGUGAAAGAGAUUACGUCAGAAAGAAGAAUAAGCAUUUAUUAAAGAUCAAAGAAUGGGUUGAUAAAUAUUCUCCAGGAGAUUUAAUCGUCCCAAUCAGUGUUUCUUUAGAAGAAAAAUUAGCUGGUAUGGAAACUGAUGAAGAAAGAGAAGCUUAUUGUAAAGAAAUUGGUGCUCAAUCUGCUUUACCAAAGAUUAUUCUUGCCAUGAGACAAAAAUUAGAUUUAAUUUCUUUCUUUACUGGUGGUCCAGAUGAAGUUAGAGAAUGGACCAUUAGAAGAUGGUUUACUGCCCCACAAGCUGCUGGUACUAUUCAUACUGAUUUGGAAAGAACUUUCAUUUUAGCUCAAGUUAUUAAGUAUGAAGAUUUAAUUGAACUUGGUGAUGAAAACAGUGUCAGAUCUGCUGGUAAGUUAUUGCAAAAGGGUAAAGAUUAUUUUGUUGAAGAUGGUGAUGUUAUUUAUGUUAAAGCUGCUGAAGGUAAGGCUCGUUAAGAAUAUUUAUGUACAUAAUCACAAUAUAAGCAAUUCCCAUAUAUAUAUAUACAUAUAGUAAAUCUAUGUAAUUAGGUUUUGAC